AUGGAUGGCGCAUCGGCAAUCACAGGUAUAAUCGGGUUCUCCAUCGACAUCGGGCUAAAGCUCUCCCACUACAUCUUGGGUGUGAAACAUGCGCCGGAGUCUGCUUUCGCGUUGGAAAAGGAGGUGCGAAGCCUCAGCCAUGUGCUGGAGCAGAUGAGGGCGCUGCUCGAGAAAGAGGGCCCACGACAUACGACCGUUUUUGAAGCUUCGUCGGUGCUGUUCAUGACCCUGCGCGGCUGUCGAGAUGAACUCGAAUCGCUUCUGCAGCAACUUGGUGGAAUGCGCGAAGAUUCUUUCUGCUGCGGGCUGUUCCAUAGGCUCAAGUGGCCGCUGGACGAGGACGAUACGACGAAGGAGGUCAACCGACUCCACCAAUAUGUAAACACGUUUCAAAUGUCUCUCUCCGUAUCAGAACUAGCUCUGCUAUCCAAUGGAUUCUCCGAAACGAUGAAGAAGCUUGACGGUAUCCAAGCUAGUGGCUCGAAAAUAAGUGUCAACGUCGAGGCUGUCAAGGGCCUCUUGACCUCCUUGAGCAUGCUUCCCGACGAGUUGCGCCGCCUGAGAGAAGGCGUAGACAAGAUCAAAAUGAGUCGCGAGCUCGAAGAGUUCGUGCUUUGGCUGCCGUCCUUGGAAUAUGAAUCAAAGUAUAUGGAUAUCAAAGUGCAUCGUUUGGAUGGAUCCGGAAGAUGGCUGCUUGAGUCGACUGAGUUCCAAGACUGGCAGUCCAAGCGCGGCUCAAGCUCACUUUUUUGCCAGGGAGGGCCCGGUGUUGGCAAAUCCUUUUUGACGUCCAUCGUGAUCGAUCACUUGCUCGGCUUUCCAAUCAUCAGAACAACUCACCUCGCCUACUUCUACUUCGAUUACAAGUCGCAAGACACCCAAACCCCAUAUUUUGUUGUCUCAUGUCUCCUCAGGCAACUGUUAACCCAACAUCAAACCGUCCCAAACUCGCUCAACCAGCUCUACAGCCGCUUCGGACGCAAGCAAGGACGGCCGUCGUGGCAAGAGCUCAUAGAGACAUUUACAGAUCUUUGCUGCGAAAGCGGCGCAUAUGUCGUUCUAGACGCGCUGGAUGAAUGCGAGGUAGAAUGCCGACGGAAGAUCAUCAACUUCAUUGGCACUAUGAGGCGGAAAAACGUCAGGCUGUUCGCGACUAGCCGUCCGUACCCGGAAGAUGUCCGAAAUGCCUUUCGGGGGGCCUCGAUAGUCGAUGUGGAGGCGAGCGGAGCAGACUUGAAAGAGUUUCUAAAGCUUAAGAUCCGCGAGGCCACGACGCUUUCGAGCAUCAUGACGCGAGAUCUUCAGGAGCGCAUCAUCUCCACCAUCGUCCCGAAGACCCAGGGAAUGUUCCUCCUCGCCGACUUCCAAAUCCGCUACGUGCUGGGGAAGACAUCGGCAAAAAAUAUCAAAGCCGCGCUCCUUGUCUUGCCGACAGGGUUAUUUGACAACUUCGACCUGACGAUGGGACGGAUACGCGACCUCCCCGACCCAGAUCAGACCCGUUUUGCAGAACAGACAAUUUUAUGGGUGGUCCAUUCGGUCCGCCAUCUGAGCGUCGACGAGCUUUGCCAUGCCAUCACGGCUUCCGACGGAUGCACCGAGUUUGACGAAGGCAAUCUUCCACCCCCGGCCCAGUUUGAGGAGUACUGCUGCGGCUUUGUUAUGGUUGAUACCAAGACGAAUACGGUCCGUCUGGCCCACUACUCGAUUGAUGAGUACUUUAGGCAGGAGAAGAAGCAUGCGUUCCUGGAUCACGCGAACGAGAUCAUCACAGUUAGUUGCAUCUCCUACCUAAUGGCCCCAGGUGCGGUUCAGGACGACGAACCAUCAAAGGAUAGUGAGGAGACAGGAACUUCCAAGGAUCCGCGUCCGUUUUUGAAAUACGCAGUCCAGCACUGGGGCGAUCAUGCGGCGAAAGAAUUUACCACCAAGGUUGGAAGGACCGUCAACUUGUUUUUAGCAGCUCGCUUCGGCAUCAGAGACAUGGUCAGCGCAGACCCGGCGAUGCUUGCGGGAAAUCUGAACAGGCAGGGGAUGUUCGGUGACACACCACUUAUGGUAGCUGCCGAGAGGGGUCAGGACGAUUUCGUGCGGCUUCUGCUGGAACAGGAAGACCUUCGCCCCAAUAUCGUGGACGUGGACGGCCACACAGCUCUCUGUCGAGCUAUCCUGGCGAUAAAAGAGUCGACUGUCAGGAUCCUGGUGGCCGAUCAGAGAAUCGACGUCAACAUGUGCACGGCGCUUGCGCGUGCCGUCGAAGUCAACAACAUCCCCAUCAUGCAGGAGUUACUCCGCAGACCGGACUCGGACGUCAACGUAAUCUCAAAAGACUACUUUAAGCUCGGUGCGCCGCUUUAUCUGGCUAUAGGGGAACUGCGGAUUGAUAUAAUCGAGUUCCUCCUAAAGCGCGACGACCUCUGCCCGCGAUUCCUCGAUCAGCCGUAUCGAUCCCUCGAGAAUAUGCUGAACACCCUCACGGAAGAUGAAGACAUUAUGACCACGCAAGAGCUGGAACGCUUCCCAAAACUCGUCAAGGUAAUCGCCGAGGAUUUCUGGGAGAGGGGACGGAGGAACCCACGGGACGCCUUCCUAUCCUGGCUUUGGCCCUGGCUCAACAAGGAGUCGCUUGUCGGCUCUCAUCUGGACUACUUCUCCCAGUGGUUCGGCGGCGCGUAUCGAAAGGUGACGGACGAGGAAGGCAUGACGCUGCUCCACGCUCUCAUGGCGACCCGGAUAUACGUAUCGGGUCUCGUACAGAAAACGAUCCAGCAAGGAUUCGAUAUCGAGGCAAUAGACGGCGAAGGACGGACUCCACUCCUCAUUGCCGUACAUGGCGAGAAUCUGGAGUAUGUUCGGGAUCUACUGGAGGCCGGAGCCAAUAUCCACGCCGCCGAUGAGGAUGGGUGGACUGCGAUGCACUACGCUGCGCUGACGGAGAAUCUCGAAAGUGCAAAGCUCCUCGCUGAAGCCGGAGCUAGUGCGACGUCCAUCACCAACGACGGAUGGACGGUGUUGCACGAAGCCGCGCAACGUGGAAGCGAUAGUAUGGUGAAGUUCCUCCUCGGCAAGGGGGCAGAUGUGAUGGCCUGUGACAGGUAUCGCCGGACCCCCCUACACGCUGCCGCCAGCUCGGGAAAUUUGGAAACGGUAGAGGUCCUUCUCGAAAACGGGAGCAUCGUUGACGCGGAGGAUCAUAGGAAACGAACACCACUUAUGAUGGCGGCAGGUCAGUCGAAUUUGGGCAUAAUACAGGUACUGCUUAGAGCAGGGGCGAAUCUGGCUGCUGCGGACGACUUCGGGUGGACGGCGCUUCACGAGGCAGCUCAGCGAGAUCAGGGAUUGAUUCUGUCGUACCUGCUUAAUGAUGGCGCCGACCCCAACGCGAUGAGCCCUGUCUUUGGAACACCCACAACGAUUGCGGUGCAGAAUAUGCGGAAUUGCCGAAAGGAAUUGCUAACACGCGGAGGCGAUCCCUUGAUAUGCGGGUUCACUGGGCGUAAUUCGCUCGACUGCGCGGCUAUGUAUGGCUUCGAGGAUUCGGAACUGCAGGCUUAUCGCGCGCCAGGCUGGAUCCCUACGCCGGAAGCGACCAUCCGUCGGAAGCUAUGGACCAAUGUGCGAUCACUCGUACAAUACUCGAUCACGGUGGAUUACUACACUGCAUAUGCCAUCCUGGGGCACGGUCUUGCAUUGCUGGGGCUUGUGGAUGAUGCCAUCGUAUCACUGCAGAGGGCCACAUUCAAGAGAGGGAAUAUUACCUUUCACAACACAAAAUGCAGAUGCUGCGAGUCGAAGCAGAUAACGGGUUCGAGAUUCGUUUGUACGACAUGUCUGGGAACAGAGCUCUGCAUGGCGUGUUUCAGCCAGCAUGCAGACUUUGCAAGGUUGAUUUUAAGCCUGUUCUCGGCCGAGGAUGUCUUCGCGAGCCGGGGCAAAGACGAGCGAUGGACGUGGUUCGUGGAUCUCAAUGUGUGUCGAGAGUUGCGGUAUAAGCCUCUAGAGCUGGCGGAUGAGGCGUCGGCAGAAGAGAAGUCCGAGAUAAUAUUGACGAUACUGAAAGAGGAGCUCGGGGAAAGCGCGUCAGAAGGUUGGAAAAGCCUUAAAGAGGAGGUCCCUUGGUGUUCAUCGUCGCAUACAUAUAUACAUUUGCCCAGCUUCGAGUGGAUAGGGUUUCCUAAGGAUGUGGUGGAUACCAAGGGGCACUCGAUCACAGAGUGGGCGAGGGACCUAUAUGAUCGGAUGCCAGCUGAUGAAGAGGCGACAGAAAAUGGCGAGCAUCACUAG